AAUAAAGAGGGAUGUUUUAAUUUUAAUUAAGAAAUUUGAUGAUAAAAGAUUCAUCAUUGCUCUGAGAUUUCUCUCAUCAUCAUCUUCUCUGUGAUUCAAUUCCCCUCUUUCUUUCUCUCUCAGUCCCCCUUGUCGUUUUACGGUUAUCCCUUUCCGACCAAGAUUAUUAUGUUCACAUAUUGAAUAAGGAAAAAAAACUGAAAGCCGGAGAACCAAGACUAUCCAUACUUUCUCAUCGACGCAAUUUCCAUCCUCACUUCCUCACCUCACCCCCUUCCUUUGAUCUCACUCUCUCUCUCUCUCCCUCCACGAUUCCAGAUGUGCUGGAUAAGUGAUUAAUCUUGACCGCCUGUGGAUACGAUAUAGUAUCAUCCGCACUUCAUCAGGUUAUUAGGGGGGAAGUUCCUGUCCCUAAUGCAAGGUCAAGGGAGUGGUAUUGAUACUUUUUCAGAAAUCACUGAUGUUGGUCUUGGACCUGUUUCCAACAGCACUGGUGAACCUAGCUCUAGAUUGAAUUUGCAAAACACGGUCAAUGAUGGUGGAAUAAGAAUGGUACAGGAUUGGUUGCCGGCUCCACAUAGUGCUUGUCCUGUGACUGCCCAAAGAUCAGAAGAUACGCGAAUUGAGCCAAAUAUCCUUUUUCCUGGGAGAUCACGUAUUGGCCUUGGUGGCAACCAGAUUACAGGUCGGCCUUCUUUUUCAGAAGGUUCUAGCUCUAAUUAUAUCCCUCAGCAUGUAAAUUUAAAUGCAGGAUAUGUUGAAAACAGUAGUAACUAUGAGCAUGGUAUGGAAGCCGAUAUAGAUCCUAAAUUCUACAAGUCAAGUGGAUUAGGAGCAGAACAUACAUCUUCAGGCAGUGCCUCUCAUGACAUUAUUGGGACUUCAUCCAGAAGCUCUGAUUAUAUGGUUGGGGAAGAUGAUGGUAAUCCAGGCUCUUCUUCUGGCAAUUGGGGUUUAUCCUGCAAGAGAAAGGCUCUUGAGGGUACGUCACAGCAAUCUUAUCCGGGUGGAAGUUCAAGCUCAUUUUCUGAAGCUGAAAAUCGACCCUGGAAUACAGGUCCUGCUUGUCAUAAUCCUUCUAGUAGCUUAAGUUUAUCUACCCCCCGUAAUUCUCCUAGUGGCCUUACUUCAGAACAGCAGAACUCAAGAACCAGGAUUGGUUUGAGAGUUGGAGCAUCUGAAAACUUUUCUUCAUUAGGUGCUAUGGGAAAUGCAGAGAGCCCACUAAGACAAUAUGUUAGGAGUUUCUCUAAUACUGGGUCUCUGCCAGAAUCUGCAACAUCAAACUUAUUAUCUGCUGGAAGAUCAACUACAGUAGCUGCAACAAAUUCGAGUGCUCCCGAAAGCCAGUCUCCUGCUAUGCAUAUGAACAGAUCGUCGGGAAGUAUGUUUCCUUUCCCUUGGAAUAGUGCUUCCAGUUCACGAGUGGGCAGCUUAUCAGGGUCUCUUAUGUCUGGACAUAGAGGUACUGAAUUGAGAGAAGAAGCAAGCUCACAAAGCAAUUCUAGAAUCAAUGUAGAGCACCCCUUGUUUGUUGCUGUUUCUGAAAUGAGAAAUUCAGCACAGGAUCCAACAGGUUGGAGUUUAGCCCCUGGAAACUUGAGCACUUCAAUAGAUGCUCCUUCUUCUGCAAGAGUUGGCUCCAGUUCUAGCAUUCAUUCUUUGCCUAAUCCCUCAUGGAUCCCUCCUCUGACGGAAAAUCCAAGGAUAAAUGAAUUUGCACCUUGGUCUUCGUUUCCAUCUAUAGAACCUAGAGGUCGUAAUCAUUAUAGUACAAUACCACCAGGACCUUCUGCUUCCUCUCAGGAUUCUGGAACUUCUUCCGGACCAAACAAUCAGGGCCGUCUUCAAUCAGUUCAUAGAUCAGCAUUCUUGUUGGACAGACAAGGUGAUGAUGUUCUUAAUACGCCCCAUUCGCUGCGGGCGAUAGCAGCAGACAUUGAUGGGAGGCGCCGACUUAUAUCUGAGAUCCGUCAAGUUUUGAAUGCUAUGCGCAGGGGUGAGAACUUACGAGUUGAGGAUUAUAUGCUCUUUGACCCAUUUAUAUAUCAUGGCAUGGCUGAGAUGCAUGAUAGGCACAGAGACAUGCGCCUUGAUGUUGAUAACAUGUCCUAUGAGGAACUGUUAGCAUUGGAGGAACAUAUAGGAGAUGUUAGCACUGGACUGAGUGAGGAGACCAUAUCUAAAUUGAUGAAACAGAGAAAAUGUCUGUCUAUUACAACAGAAUUCCCAGCAGAUAUGGAACCCUGCUGUAUAUGUCAGGAGCAAUAUGCUGAUGGGGAUGAUAUUGGCACACUCGAUUGUGGGCACGACUUCCACACCAACUGCAUUAAACAGUGGCUAAUGCAGAAGAACCUGUGCCCGAUCUGUAAAACACCAGCCUUGGUGACAUGAAAGGGAAGACCGAAACCAAUUUAUCCCAGCUUGGAAUUUGAUUUUAUUGCUGCUGUAAUGCUAAUACAAAUGUGGGUUGGAGAAUCUAUACCCUUUUGUCUGGAACUGGGUAUUUAUGCAUGAAGAACUUGGUUGAUAAAGAGGGAAAGAGAAACAGUCCUUGAGAAAAUAAAAAAGAGACUACUACAUUGAUCAUGAGAGGAUUUGUUUCUCGGUUAGAAAAAGAUACAUUUUAAUCGUAUGACAAUAAUUAAUAUUUGAAUAAACAUUAUAUCCGACA